UAUAUUAAAUAAGUACAUUUAAGUAUAAAUACUAUUAAUUGUAGGUACAUACUUGAUACUUUAGCAUUAACACAGUCUUGAAUAGAAUAUUAUACUAUGUUACUAAAUAGAAUUAUUGAGAUAAAUCUUUUCGGUUCAAUAAUCUUCAGUUAUUUAAGUGUCAGUCUUCGUGCCUUUGUUUUAUCACUUAAGUUAAUGAUAGUUUUUGUUGUGUUGAAACUUGAAAAUAGUCAAUUUAUUGGCAUUGUGUAAUGAGUGUAUAUUGAAGAUCAAAUUAUAUACUCACCAACAUCAGCAUGUUGCUGCAAUCAAUAAAACGUUUAUUUAAAUCAAAGCAAUCACAUAAAUUCACAUUGGUACCUAUAUAAAUAAACGCUUAAAUAUGACGUAGGUACACACAUAUUACCUAAAAUACAGGGAAACGCCUUGGAUGUAGAAUUAAAAAACAUGAUGUACCUACUAGAAUUAGAAACCUUGUUUAAUGAAGUUUUUAUCUAUAAUUAAUAUAAUUUUGGUGAUAAAUUGACAUGGAAAUAUGGAAAUGAAUUCAAUGUUGUUAAAUAAAGGUCUUGAUAUAAGAUUUGCCGAUUUAACAUAUGAAGUAAACAGUUGGACAGAUAAAUUUAAAAUAGAAAAGAAAACUAUUUUGAAAGGUGUGAGUGGUGCAUUUUAUCAGAGUCAACUAUGUGCAAUUAUUGGAUGUUCGGGAUCUGGAAAAUCGUCAUUAUUAAACGCACUAUCUGGUUAUAAGACUAAUGGAUAUAGUGGAACAAUAUUUAUCAAUGAUAAGCCUCAAGAAUUAAAAUCAUUUCAGAAACAAUCAUGUUACAUUAUGCAAGAAGACCAACUUCAUGUGCAAUUAACAGUCAGAGAGUCUAUGGAAUUUGCAUCAAAAUUAAAAUGUUUAACUUUAUCAUUAAACGCGAGCAAACUUAAAAUGAUAGAUUUAAUUUUAGAGAAUUUAAAUCUGCUUAAAAGUCAAGAUACGAUUACAAUUAACUUAUCUGGUGGUGAACGUAGAAAAUUAUCCAUUGCAUUAGAACUGGUCCAUAAUCCAAGCAUCAUGUUUUUUGAUGAACCAACUAGCGGUUUAGAUAGUUUGUCAGCAAAUCAAGUAUUAGACACAUUAAGGGAAUUGGCAAAUUCUGGCCGUAAUAUAAUUUCUACAAUACAUCAAGCGUCUGCUUCACAAUUAAAGAUCUUUGACAUUCUUUACGUACUUACUCCAUCUGGCCAAUGUAUUUAUCAUGGUUCGACAUCAAAUCUUUUGGAUUAUCUAGCUGCACAUGGUUUACGAUGUCCAUUGUAUCACAAUACUGCAGACUAUAUUAUUGAAAUAAGUCUUGGAGAGUAUGGAGAUCAUGCUGAAAAAUUGGUACAAUAUAUUAAUAAUGGAAAGUCUACAGAAUGGUUAAAGAAUACUAGUCAAAAACAUUUAGCUAAAGUUCCCUUAGAAAUUCAAAUACUUUCAAAAGAACAUUUCAAUCAGUGGUAUUCUUUGUUGUCAUAUUAUCUAAGUUUCACUAUAGUAGACCUACCAAUUCAGGUUCUGUGUACGUUCUUGUACUGUGUGGUAUUGUACUAUUUUACUGGACAACCACUUGAAUGGCCCAGGUUUGGGUUGUAUACGCUCAUGAUGUUAAUGGUGGGACUAUUAUCACAGACUAUAGGCAUGUUAAUGGGAACAUUGUUUAGCGAUUUAAGGUUCAGUACAAUUCUAACCAGCUUUCUACUCAUGCCGUGGAUGAUGUUUGGUGGAAUUUUCAUUAAAAUCUCUGACACCCCAGAGAUAUUUCGAUGGUUGUUUGACAUUUCCUUCAUGAAACAUGCCAUGGAAGGAAUAGUGCAUUGUGUUUACGGUAUGGAUCGACCCAGGUUAUAUUGCCCCAAAAUUUACUGUUACAGCACUUCACCCUCAAAUAUUUUAAAAGAUUUAGACAUGCCAGUCAACAAGUAUUGGUUUAAUUUUCUUGCUGUUACCACCAUUUAUUUGUUGUUGAAGGUGUUAACAUAUUUAGUGUUGAAAAAAAAGUUGGAAAUUCACUGAGGGCCUUAAUAUUUAAUAUAUUAAAUAUAUAUAUUUAUAUUUCAUCAAUCAUUAUAGUAUACUAAUGCAUCAGUAUACUUAAAUUUGAUCCACAUACGUUUAUAUUCUUACCAAUAAUUGGUAUACUUUUUAUACUGUUACCUAGUUUAACUUUGCCAAAGACAGAACAUAAAAGUGAUACUUAAUAAUUAUUAUUAUGUUAAGUUAAAAAUAAAGUCAAUUGUUUAAUUUAAGUUUUUAAAUCACAAACUAAUGGAAUAAUUAAUAAGACUGGUGAUUGCUGUGUGACUUUUAUCACUGUUUAAUUUGUUUUUAUUGAUUUAACUUUGUUAUUUACAUAUUUUAAAUUUGUAAAUUAUUAUUUAUAAAGUAGAAUGACUAUUCUAGACUUACAAUAUACAACAUAUUUACUUUGUAUAAUUUAUCAUGAACAUACAUUUUAUACAGUUUUGAGUUGUAUGUAUUAUUUUACUUUUUGAUAUAUUUAAACACAAUAUGUGCUGUAUCUAUUGAUCAUAAACCAAGGUCAUACAAUUGUUUUAAAUAUAUUCCAAAAUGUUGAUAUAUUAUAAAACUGUUAUCACAUCAUAAGUUUAAUAGAUGUGAAUCAAACAAUUUUGUAUAUUUUAAACAUCACAUAAAACGUCAUAUCACA